AUGCCGAGCUGCAGUCCUUCCACUCCAGCUGCAGCUCCGAGCUCAUGCUCCGGCCAGUGCAUGAACCAGUGCCAGCAGUCCUGUGUCCAACAGUCUCAACCCGUCCAGUCCUGCCAGCCUCAGUGUCAGCAGCAGUGCGACUCUCAGUGCAACCAGCAACAGGAUCAGCCUCAGCAGCAGCCUCAACAGGUUGUCAUCAACCUUCACAUCACUGCUGCCGCUCAACAAGAUCAGUCCUGCCAGCCAGCUUGUCAACAGGCUUGCCAACAGUCCUGCGUCGCCCAGCAGCAGCCGGCCGCUCAAUGCUCCAACCAGUGUAACCAACAGUGCAACAACGUCUGCCAACAAGCUCCAGCUCAAACUCAACCUCAAGCUCAGCAGCCUCAAGCCCCAACUUUCGCUCCGAUGUACAACCCUUACAACAACAAUGCUGAUAACUCUGCUUCUUCAUGUGCUCCAGCCUGCCAGCCAGCUUGUGACAACUCCUGCAUCGCUCAGCAGACUCAGCCAGUGCAGCAGAACCAACCGUCAUGCGCCCCAGCCUGCCAGCCAGCUUGUGACAACUCCUGCAUCGCUCAACAAACUCAGCCAGUGCAGCAAAGCCAGCCAUCUUGCGCUCCAGCCUGUCAGCCAGCCUGUGACAACUCCUGUACUGCUCAGCAAGCUCAGCCAGUUCAGCAGAACCAGCCAUCUUGUGUUCCGGCUUGUCAGCCAGCUUGUGACAACUCUUGCACUUCCGCGGCGGCUCCUCCAGGUCCAAUGUACGAUCCUUACAACAACCAGCAGCAGCCUCAACAGCAGCCUCAACAGCAGCAGCCAGUCCAAUCUCAGACUGUCCAGAUCGUCCUCCAAUCCAGCGUCGCUCAGUCUCCACAGUGUGAGCCUCAGUGCCAGCAGCAGUGUCAGCAGCAGUGCGUCGCCCAGCAGCAGCCAGCUUCCCAGUGCUCUCAGGCUUGCUCAAACAGCUGCUCCAGCUCGUGCUCCAACUACCAGCCAGCUCAGGUCGCCUGCCAACCUACUACUCCCCCAAGCCCAAGCUCCAGCUCAGGAUGCGGCUGCCAACAGAACUACUCGCCUUGCGGCAAUGGACAGUGCUGCCGUCGCAAGUAG